UCUAGUGCGAUAUUAACUAAUAACUAUGUCCGAGGAAGACCUACCUGUCUACGAGUCGGAUGUACACGAAGAGAAGCCAGUAAAAUGGACUACUCGGUGGGCGGAAAGCUUCAAGAAGUCGAAAGUUGGCCAAACCUGGGAGAAGUUCGAGUACUGGCAGGAGCAUGAAUGGAAGGGUAUCAAUAUCCCUAUCUUCAUCCUCCUUGCUAUUAUAGCUCUUGCAUUGUGGUGGGUUCAUCCUUCUGAUUUGGAGCCCCACACUUGGCAAGUGUUUGUUGCCUUCCUGGUCAUCAUUCUGGGUGCUGUCUUGGAACCCUUGCCGAUGUCGGCCAGUUGUAUUGUAGGUUUGGGCUUCUGUACCGUUACUAGCAUUCUAACAACCGACGAGGUUCUGUCUGGGUUCGGUAACGAUACAGUGUGGUUGGUCGUUAUGGCAUUCUUCAUUGCUAGUGGCUUUGUAACUAGUGGCUUGGGUAAGAGAAUUUGCUUCAUCAUUUUGAAGUAUCUCGGAUCGACCACUCUCGGUCUCGCUUAUGGUUUCUGCUUGUGCGAGUUCGUAUUGGCCAUUGCCAUCCCCUCCUCAACUGCUCGUGCUGCUGGUAUCCUGUUGCCUAUUGUCACCCCUUUGUUGAAGGAAGGUUUCGAUUCAGAUCCUGCUAAGGGUACCGAGAAAAAGAUCGGUACUUUCCUUGUUAUGAACGAAAUCGUUGCCAAUACCAGUUCUUCUGUUUGCUGGCUUACUGGUGGUGCUUGGAACGCUAUGAUGGCCAAGUUCUGUGCUGAUGUUGGUGUGAAUAUCGGUUGGGGUGGUUGGGCUUACAGUAUGGCCCCUCUCGGUAUCAUCACUCUUAUCUAUGCUCCUUUGGUCGUAUUCUGCGUCAUGCCUCCUGAAAUCAAGAGGACUCCUGAGGCCAAGAGUAUCGCUAAUAAGAAGCUCGCUGAUAUGGGAUCUAUGUCGAAGCAAGAGAUCGCAAUGCUCUGUGUGUUCAUUGGCAUUAUUAUAUUGUGGAUUGUUUCGUCCAUGAUCGAUUAUGUGCCAUACAGUACCACUGGUGUUGCUAUCUUGGGUGUGUCCAUGUUGCUUCUACUCGGCAUUAUUGACGUUAAGAAGGAUAUUGCUCAGAACAACUCCGCCUGGGAUCUGUUCCUGUGGUUCGGUGUUCUUCUUAUGAUUGCUACUCAGCUUAAGGAUACUGGUUUCUUCCAAUGGCUCGCUAUCAAGAUUGAUCUCUCUUCUCUUCCUCCUUACGCGGCUGUGUGGAUAUGUACGUUCAUCUUCUAUAUAUCCCAAUAUCUCUUCGCGUCAAUUACUGCACAUGUUUCUGCUAUGUUCUCUUUGUUCCUCGAGAUUAUGCAGCAUGCCGGUGUCCCUAUGGAACUCGGCUGCUGUGCUUUAGCAUACACGACUCUAUCCGGUCAUUUGACACAUUACACAUCUUCCUCUAACCCCCCAUAUUACAUUAUGGGAUAUGUGAAAUUAUCCAGAUGGAUGUUGCAAGGUGUCUGUGUGAUGAUCUGCAACGUUGUCUACAUCAACACUGUCGGCUGGGGUUAUUGGUGGUUACUGGGUUUCUGGUAAACUGGUCAAUGCCGCAUAUCAGACUACAACGUCUGUACUAUUACUAUACAGCUGAGAUUUGACGAUUCUUCCGUCGUUUCUCAUGUUAUAUAUAGUGUAUCGCACUAUUCUUACAACACUGUGUCUUCUACUACUCUUCCUACUGACAAUACUACUCCUGGAUAACGUCACUGAUAACUGUGCUUGCAUCCGGUUGUGCAUUGUGUAUUCUUUAGUUGCUGGUUAUUUAGCAUUGCGAAAUCAUCGUACAGAUGUGCCUCAAUAGGAUCAGUUACGAUUGUUUCCGCUUAUAGGUUCUUUGCGGGUCUUUCCCUCAUCUGCUGUCGUAGUUGUGGAAGGGUCGUGAAGGAUCAUUGAAUGAUACUGUCCAGGUUAGUACCGUGACAGUUCGCUUCAUCCGAAGUGACUAUUACACUUCUG